CGCACAGCUGAGAAUAAAGAAGACACAAAGAUGGAGUCAACAUUACUCUCUUUGAAUUCUUUGUGCCUCUCCAAGUCCUUCGUUUCCCAUUCUACCCCUCUCACCCACAGGCACUUUUUCCCGAAUCGUUCGAGUGAACUCGCUCACCUCCAGUUCAGGUGCAGCGAGUUUGGCCGGAUUUGUUCGGGUCCUGCUGUACGAGGUAUUGUCAUUGUGGACCCACGCUGGACCAAAUUGCAGUGCGCGGCUAGCUCUGCGUCCUCGUUUACUUCCGAUGGCGGAGGCUCUGAUGGAAUUGAGGGGAAUGUCGGCGGCGGUGACAGUGAUGAUUCGCAGAAGGGUAGUGAGGGGAAGUCGACAGAGGUGUCCCCGGGGGAUGAUGAUGCUUCUGCUGUCAAUCUUGAUUUUAUUGUUCUUCAUGUUGGAGGAAUGACAUGCGGGGGAUGCUCAGCAAGUGUGAAGAAAAUUUUAGAAAGUCAAACGCAGGUUUCUUCAGCUAAUGUGGAUCUCACAACUGAGACUGCAAUGAUCUGGCCUGUAUCUGAGGCCAAGGCUGCACACAACUGGAGAAAGGAUUUAGGAGAGGUUCUUGCAAAGCAUUUGACAAGUUGUGGGUUCAAAUCUAAUCUUCGAGAUCAGGGAGCUGUUGAAGGCAAAAUUUCAUCAUAACACAAUGUUGUAGCAAUGACCAUUCUUCUUCAUGGUAAUGCUGCUGCUGCUGCUGCUGCUGCUGGAUCUGUGAAAUGCAGGCUUAUCUAUUAAUAAAACUCCAUGCAUAUGGAUAAUUUGCCUUCAUACUAGUCGAGAAAAUUCAUUCCUAAACACAAGUCAAUUUAUACAACUUUUCUACCUGUGUUGUCUUUCAUGUUGUAAGAUCUAAAGAACAUUUGAUGCUUUGUAUGCUGCCGUUUGUGUGCAAGAUGGUUUUUGGAGACAUCUUCAUUUCGGCAACAAUUUAUGUUCGCAGGUAUGUUUCUCUCCCCAUUACUAAUGUUGCGCACAGGGAUGCGAACAAAAUUUUAGCUUGUUUUUCUAGUGUGUAUUAUUGAGUGAUCUUGUGGAGUCACACAGAUUCAAGAAUGAUAAAGCAGGGAUUUACGGAAUGAUGAAAUAUAAAUUCGAGCAUAAGGGAUUUCCA